ACCUCAUGCAAAGCUCCAGCUGCAGAGCAUAUAAACUGAAGGAGAGUAGUCAGUCAUCAGUCUUACCAGCGUUAGACUCAGCACUUUCCAAACAGCUCAAGACUAUGGCAGCCCUCCGUUCCACUUUUCUACCACUGGGGCUGUUUCUGUACCUUGGACUACACUUUUCUUCCGCCAACUUUACAAAUUUCACCGACAACUGCAUGGUCUUUGCUGAGGUCUUCACCACCCAAAACCCAGGAAUUGAGAUCGAGACAGAAGUUUUUCAGGGCAAAACGAUCUACACAAUUGGGGUUCCUGUGAGUGACGAUGUUAGCACGGUGAUCCUACAAGUCGUGGACAGGCACAACAACUCGGUGGGCCUCUGUCAAGGAGCCAAUGAGGACUGCAAUGGCAGCGCCCUGUAUUACCUGACUCACCCUAACAACACAUUCUUCAAGGCAAAUUGUGUUCUGAACUCCAAGGACAUAGCUGACAAGCUGCUAGUCCUCCUUGUCGAUUUCAACCACUCAGCUGUUUUUAUUUCAAGGAAUCUAGGAGGAAAAGUGAUACCUACAACCUCAACCACCAGGAUGACUUCUACCAACAAUCUGAACACAACCAUGACUAUCGACACAGCCGUGACCAUGACCACAGCCCAAACCAUGACCAUGGCCCAAAGCAAGACUACAGCCCAAACCAUGACCACAGCUCAAACCAUGACCACAGCCCAAACCACAACCACAGCCCAGAUCAAGACCAGAGCCCAAACCAAGAAUACAGCCCAAACCAAGACCACAGCCCAAAAUUUGGCUGUGAGACCCUUCAGUAGCACCAUUGCAGGUGCCAUUCACAUCAUGCUUGUUUUUCUUGCCAGUAAGCUCCUCUUCUAAAGGAAACCAGGAAAGCAAUUACAUAGUUUCCAGUGCAGCCUCCCGUGCUCGGGCUCUAGACUAGGACUUGAAUGUAGGUGAAUGAAGGCUUCAGUUGUGCAACUCCACUGCCCCUAUUUCAGAGUAAGAACUGGGGUACUCGCUGGUGGGCAUGGGUCACACCAAUGUUCAACUGGACACAAAUUUAGAUUUUUGUAAAUACACAGACCUAGCCUGACUAUAGCCUGGAAUUCUGCCUUUGGAUAUAACAGCCACUCCAAACUUUUGUUCAUAGCCAAAGGAUUCCUCUGUGCCUCCUAAUUUUCUGGAGGAAGACUCUUUCCUUACGUUCAAGAUGAUCUCAGGUUUCUGACCAAAAUCCUUCUAGAGGAAAUAGAAUUCCUGUGGCUGGGGGACUCAAGAAGGAUAAAUAGCUUUGAGAGUAUGGCAACUUCCCAUCUUAUCCUUAAGAGUAGAUUCAAAAGAGCAAGAGGAUAGGAUGAUGCCAUGUCACCAAUGAUAGGAAAAAUUAUGUUCUUUGUUCUAAAUCACA